UCGGGUGCGAUCGUGCCGGUCACGCGUUUUGGAAUUUUCACUACAAUUAACUUGGCGUUCUAGUUUGCUAUUAAGUUCCGCGAUUGAAUGAAUUCUCAUAAACUUGAAAAACUCUGGCAUUCAGUUUGAUUUGAAAGGUUCGUGUGUUGGUGGGACGUGGGUUGCGAGUUGCGAAGUCGAGGAGAAUUUGAGAAAGAACUUCAAGUUCACGCCCACGCAGACAAGAUGGAUGAAAUGGUGUGCAACUUUAAGAAAUGUCGGAAGAGACUCAGCUCAUUUGCAUGGGUUACGUCAUGCUCUCAUAUAUUUUGUGAUGAGGAUGGUACUAAGGAAUUCAACAAGUGCUUCGCCUGUCCAGCAUGUGAAACCAACCUGUCAGGGAAGUUUGACAUAGUCCGCAUUGAUCUCUCACCUUCGGAGCAGUACAAGUCUAUGGUACUUGCAGGGCAGAAACCAGACACCAUAUUGGAGGUGUGCACGCGAGCUAUGGCCUUCUGGACAUACCAGAUCCAGCAGGAGAGAAUCUACCAGGACUAUGUCGCUAACAAGUCCAAGGAACGAAGCGCCCAGCUGGAGCAGUACUACGAACACACUGUCACCAAGCUACAGUCAGAGAUUGCAUCACUCAAGCACCAAAUGUCAGCUGUCAAAAAAGAGCUGGAAUCUUCCAAGAAGCAGUACCAUGAUCUGUCGGACAAGAUGGCAGAACGUACCAGACAGCAUCAGAAGCUCCAGAUAAUGUACGAUGCUCAGAAAAGGCGAUCCAUUAAUGUAGGUAUGCUGGACCCUGGCGGAUCACACGAGAGCCACAGGCGGACUCAAGCAGCACCCUCCAUCAGCUAUGACAUACCCAUCUCCUCGGGGGAUGAGAGCACUAGCAGAUCUGGAAGACAUCGCGGUGGAGGUGAUCACAUGAGAAUGAUGUCACCUGCAGAAAAGGAGUUCGUGCUGCGCCCCACCAACACGCCAAUCCAGUCCAUGCCCUUGGCUGUGCAGAACCGCUUCAGCAUGGAGAUAGGAACGCCCAAUGAGCUCGCCCGACGGCUGGGACAGCGAAAGACCUGACCAACAGGACGAUCCAUCCUUGCCACCUUAGUUACGGAGACUCCUUGGAUUAAUCUGUUAACAUUGUCUUUUCAAGGGGCGUUUUAGUAUCCUUACACCCAGUAGGCCGUUUGGCCAUCUUGUUUUGUUCACACAAAUGCAGGUUAGAGCAUAAAACCUUAGAAACUUGGAAGUCCAGUAUUUGACUUUCAGGCAAAUGUGGACAUCCCAUUUUGAAAUGCUCACUCAAACCCCGAGUGUUGAGCCUAGGAACAAUCUUUACUACGAUAUAAGUCUUGAAGGUUUGCAUGGUGAAGAGGUACAAUAGAAAGUAGGUUUGCGGUAGCACCAUGGACGUAUC